AUGUCGCGACACGCAGCCCUGAGCAGCCUCUUUGGCGAUGACCCCUUCUUCAACCAGGGGGGUCUCCUAUGGCCUCUUUCCUCGCUACGCCAGGACCUCUUCAACCGCAAAGCCGAGCUGGCCGAUAGUUUCUUCAAGGACAGAUCGCGACUCUUGGAUUCGGCACUCGUGCCCUCCGCUUUCCUCAGAAUGAGCGAGCGAGAGGAUCCUGAAGAAGAGGAGCCAAGGCAACAGUCCUCGCCGCACGAUGACCUCCUGGUGACAUUGGACGCCCGCGGCUACGCUCCUGGCGACAUCAGCGUCAAGCUGGAAGGACGCAACCUGCUGGUGAUGGCCUGCAAGCAGGCGGGCGCUCAGGAAGCCCACUCCUGCUCCUCUCCCUCCUCCCGAGCCUCCUUCGCCUCCUCGGCCGCCUCGCGGGUGGGCUUCAAGCAGAACAUCCACCUUUCGCCUCAUCUGGAUCUGUCGGGACUCUCCUGCUCCCUCAUGGAGGACGGUCAGCUGCGGAUCCACGCCCCGGUUGCCAAGAAGCAGAUCACGGAGGGGCCUGAUGAGCAAGAAGAUGCGCCUCCUCUCUUCAGGACUUCUCUCGAAUUCCCCGUCACACAGGAGAAGACCGAGGCCCAGCACACACACUAG